CAUAAGUUAUCUAGGCUAUCAUCUACUUAUACUGCAAAGGAUAUCUAUGGAGACAUGGACUCAAACGAAAUUUCUAUCAGAAGAACAGCCACAAGAACAACAAUUUUGCAUUCUCUUUCACAGAGAGUUAACAGUCAGCAUCAGCCAGCAGACUCUAACUCCAAUCUUGAUAUCUAUGGCAAUUCUCAGAAAUUGGAGUACGAGAAAAUUCCCGAUGUUUCUGUCCCUGCGAAGGAUUUUGGAGGUGAGUUCAGUGGCAUAGACCCUGAAUUGGUAACAUGGGAUGGCGAGGAAGACCCUGAUUAUCCCAGAAACUGGAGCAGGUCUCGUAAGCUAUUUCAAUUGCUCAUUGUUUCUCUCUAUACCUUGAUCUCUCCUAUGUCGUCUUCAAUGCUUUCUCCAGCCAUGAACGAAAUUGCCAAAGAUCUUCACAUGAAUAACCAGUUCAUUCAGUCAUUUUCUGUUUCUAUAAUGGUAUUAGCAUGGGCUAUUGGGCCCUUGUUGAUAGCACCAAUAUCUGAAAGUGACCGUGUAGGCAGAAGACCAGUGUUAAACAUUUCAAUUUGGAUCAACUUCGUUUUCAACCUAGCCUGUGGUUUUGCGAAGUCCACUACUCAAUUGUGCAUAUUUCGUUUCUUGGGAGGCCUUGGAGGUUGUGCUGCCCUUAAUGUGGGAGCAGGUACUUUGGCAGACCUCUUUAGCGACAAUGAUAGACAAGCAGCAAUGGCAGCUUACUCUAUUUGCCCUACACUUGGACCUGUUCUAUCUCCCAUUAUUUCCAGUUUCAUAAUUUCUCACAAAUCAUGGCACUGGGUGUUCUAUGUUUUGGCUAUAUUCAAUGCCGCUGUUGCCAUUUUUGGGACAUUGUUUUUUAGAGAAACAUACUCACCUCGUCUCUUGAGAAUGAAAGCUAAUUUCUUAAGAACUGAAACUGGAAAUCUGCAUUUGCAUACUAUAUACGAGAUUGCUGAUGGUGAGACUCAGUGGGAAAGGAUCAUGGUUACUGUUAAAAGACCAGUAAAACUAUUGUGUACACAUCCUAUGGUGAUUGGCUUGGGGUCCUUUAUGGCAUUCGUUUAUGGGUUCAUGUACCUCAUGAUAGUCACAUUUCCUCAGGUUUUCCGCGGCUCGUAUGGUUUCUCUAUCAGUAUUUCAGGCUUAAUGUACUUACCAUUGGGUAUUGGAUACAUCAUUGGAACUAUAUUUUGGACCAUAAUGAUUGACAAAGUGUAUAACAAGUUGACAGAAAGAAAUGGCGGUGUUCCGAAGCCUGAAUAUCGGUUGCCGUGUCUUUGCUUUUCAGGAAUUGGCAUUCCUGCUGGGUUGGUAUGGUACGGAUGGUCUGUAGAAAAGAGGCUACAUUGGAUAAUGCCGCUGAUCGGAAUGGCUAUUUUCUCAUUUUCGUUCAUUGCCGUAUUCCAGACGAUUCAAAAUUACUUGAUAGAUAUGAAUAAUAGGUUUGCAGCCAGUUCGGUUGCAGCCGCUGCCGUUUAUCGCUCCUUCUUUGGGUUUGCCUUCCCACUAUUUGCCCAUACUAUGUAUGAUCGGCUAGACUACGGUUGGGGCAAUACAGUGUGUGCCCUAAUAGGUCUAGCCUUGGGUUUGCCGUUUCCGAUUUUCUGUUUGAUGUAUGGUGAGAGGUUGCGGAAAUGGGCAAAUCAGAGAAUGAAUGCCGAACAGGCACGUAGAGAUGCUAGAAAUUUGGCAAGACUACAACUACAGAACACUCUAGAGAAGAUAGAUUGA